AUGUACCGACCGAUCGCGGCCUCUCCCCUUGAAUCUUUCUUUCUUUUUUCUCUUCUCCCGUUUUUUAUCUUCUUAUUUCGUUUGAAUUCUUCCUUAUCUUUUACUUUUUUUCCUUUCUCCUUUUUAUUUCUGCUAGACGUUUCCUUUGUUUCUGUCCAUCUUUCUCCUCUAUUUUCUUUCUUUUUAUUUUCUUUCCAGCCUUUUCUGCUCUCUUUCUUUAUUUUUCGAUUUUCCCCGACAUUUCUUUCCUUUUUUUUCAUUUCCUUUUUUUUUUUUUUUUCAGAACGUCUGUUUUCUUCUUUUUUUGGUCUGUUCUUUCAUCUUUUAUUCUUUCUUCUUUUCUUUUCUUUUUGUUCCUUUGGUUUUCUUAUAAUGUCUGAUGAAAGAACGCCCAACGAAGUAUCUCCAUCUAUCUAUCUAUCUAUCUAUCUAUCUAUCUAUCUAUCUAUCUAUCUAUCUAUCUAUCUAUCUAUCUCUAUCUAUAUAUUGAGAUAUAUUAAUUAUCUGAUAUACACAUCUAUCUAUCUAUCUAUCUAUCUAUCUAUCUAUCUAUCUAUCUAUCUAUCUCAGUCUCUUCAUAUCUAUCUAUGUACCUAUAUAUCUAAAUAUAAAUAG